AUUCUCUAGUAUGGUAUGUCGCAAAAUAAAGAAAUAAUGAAAAAAGAUUUAAUAAAUGAAAAACGAUAUAUAGAUAAUAAAAUUUUACAACAAUUUUCUAAUAAUACUGUUGAAAAUUUAAAAAUUGCAAAACAAAACCAGAUUAAUACGAUGAAUGAUUCUGAUAGUGAUGAUGAAUCAUCUGAGGUUGAAUGUAAUAAUUCUACUCAUUGUAAUUUAAAUUUCUUGGGACCUGAAGCUCAAAUAAAAUUAGCUCAAUUAUUUGAGGAAGCAGGAUUGAAACAUCUUUCACCAGAUGAUGGCAAAGGUGUUACAGAUCCUGAGAUACUAAGACAAUUAACUUCAUCUGUCAACUGUGCACUUGAAGAAGCAGUUGCUGCUCUUACACUAACUAGAAUUAAAUCAGGAUCAUCGAAAGGAAUUCAAACUCCUGAUGACCAAGCAAAUUUAGAUGCCUUGCAUCAAAGAGCACUUGAGAGUUUGGAAGAAGGUGAAAGUUUACUCUCUUUGGCAUGCUCUUCUGGAUAUUAUGAACUUGUUCAGGUUUUACUAGCUAUGAAUACAAACAUAGAAGAGCGGGGGAUAAAAGGUGAUACCACUCCAUUGAUGGAAGCUGCUAGUGGUGGUUAUAUGGAAAUUGUCAAGUUACUUUUGGAACAUGAUGCUGAUCCCAAAGCACAAUCUCUAUCAGGUAACACAGCCUUGACUUAUGCCUGUAUAGGUGGACACUGUGAAGUAGUGCGACUCUUACUAAGCAACGGUGCUGAUGUGGAGCAUCAGAAUGAGAAUGGCCACACUGCAUUAAUGGAAGCAGCUACAGGGGGCCAUGUUGACAUAGCCCGCAUAUUGGUGAACGAAGGAGGUGCUAGCAUAAAUGCCCACUCUAACGAGUUCAAAGAGAGUGCCCUUACAUUGGCAUGCUAUAAAGGGAAUCUUGAGAUGGUUAGAUUUCUGUUAGAAGCCGGAGCUGAUCAUGAACACAAAACUGAAGAAAUGCAUACAGCUUUGAUGGAGGCGUCUAUGGAUGGACAUUUGGAAGUUGCUAAAUUGUUAUUGGAUCAUGGUGCUCAAGUGAAUAUGCCUCCAGAUAGCUUUGAGUCGCCUUUAACCUUAGCUGCUUGUGGAGGUCAUGUAGAAUUGGCCUGCUUGCUUCUAGAAAGGGGAGCUAAUUUGGAAGAAAUUAACGAUGAGGGCUACACUCCGCUAAUGGAGGCAGCUCGAGAAGGUCACAAAGAUAUGGUGAAUCUCCUGAUCAACAGAGGUGCCAACGUGAACGCCCAGACGGAAGAAACACAAGAAACAGCCUUAACGCUAGCAUGUUACGGAGGAUUUUUGCAAGUGGCUGAUCAGCUCAUCAAAUCUGGUGCUGAUAUCGAGAUAGGUUGCAAUACACCUCUCAUGGAAUCAGCCCAGGAAGGUCAUUUGGAUUUGGUUCAUUACCUGCUUUUAGCUGGAGCCAACCCACAUGGCCAAACAGGCCCCGGUAAUACAGCCUUGACUUUUGCUGCCGAAAAUGGUCACACAGAUAUAGUAGCCCUUCUAUUGCAUUACAGAGCUGAAAUUGACCACGAAAGUGAAGGCGGGAAAACACCGUUAAUAAAAGCAGCCCGCAAUGGCCAUGCCCCAGUCGUGAAACUCCUUGUUGAGAAUGGGGCAGACCCUAAUAAAACGACUGCCAAUAACGAGCACACUGCCCUCUCGUUGGCCGCAUACGCUGGACAUAUAGUCAUAGUUGAACUCCUCUUGGAGUUUGGUGCUGAUCCUACCUUUAAGCUUAAGGACAAUUCUACAGCUCUUAUAGAGGCUUCCAAAAAUGGCCACACAGAUAUAGUACAACUUCUGUUAGAUUUCCCCAAAUUUUUAAAGCAAAUAAACUCGGAAAUAUCAACCUCAUCACUGGCUCCCUCAUUGAUUCACGAGAGACAAGCCUUGAAAAUUCAACAACAACAACACCUCCAGCAUCUUCAACAGCUCAAACAACUUCAGACCCACCAACAACUACAGCAACAACAGCUUUUGCUUUUAAAGGAAAAGAAACUAUUUGCCACCCAGCAGCUUCAGCAAUUGCAGCUCCAACAAAAACAGCUUCUUAUUCAACAUCAACAACAAAAUCAACAAGCUCCAAUUCUCAAUCUACAGACACUUACUGAGUGUAAUAAGGAAUUGGAAGCUCAAAUGCUGCCUAAUCCAGCCAUUGUUAGCAAUAUUUGUGCAGAAUAUUUUACCGGAACUGCCAGCAUCGUCCCUUUCGAAAAUCCAUUGGUCAUACAUCCAGAUGAUAAAAAUAUUAAUAAUUUAUUAAACGCUCAUCUAGUGGAAAAUGAUAAAGAUGAGAGAUUAGAACUGGUCUCAGAUAUUCAGAAGACACUUAGCCUCGAUGAAAACACAAAUGAAUCCUCUGCAAUUACAGCAAGGAACGAAUCUUCCACAAAAACAAUGCAAUUAUCUAUUACAUCGUCUCAAAACAUAGAUGCCACUUCGAUUAACUUUGUAGAUCCAGAAAACGUUAAAACACCUCUCAAAAGUCAUAAAAAUGUACCAUUACAGACAGUCAGCAAUUACGUUUCUCUCCUGCCUCAUCACCCCAACGCCCUUUCAUCUCGUCAGAAUACUCCGACAUUGUUUAAUACUGUUAAUAAUAACGUUAAAUUGGUAGCCGGACCUCCUAGCUUCUUAAUGUCCUCGAGAGUCAACGAAGGACCCAUAGGGUUUCUUCCUCCUUCCCUCGAUCUAGAUGGUCUUCCUUCUCGUGCUAUUUCUUCAUUUACGCCAUCCACUCCUUCCUCUAGCCACAACAUAGCAAACCCGAUGACUCUUCCUUGCUACAAUCUUAAGUCCCUCUCAGCCACCAAGGGCAUGGCUUUACGUAUAGGUGACAAGAUAGGUCAUCUCAAGGAUCUUCUCCGUAACAAUUACAGCCUGGCCCACUUGCUUGGUGACGUAGACGAGAGAGCGGCAGAAACAUUUCACAGAGAGAUUCGAACUACCGACAAAUGGGCCGCCAGCAUAAAUGGAGCCGUUCGUAAGAUAGAAAGGUACAUGGCCAGUGCUGCGGCUGCUGCUAAUGCUAACACCCAGAAACAAAUUCAACAAAGUGGUAGUGGUGAUAAUCAGCAAAAGAGACUUUGUAAGGGGCAAGGCCUCUCAGCCAAGGGGAGACAAGUCGACAGCGAAAGGGACAAAGAAUCGGGAGACGGGGAAGAAGAGGAAGAAGGAAGCCAAGCUGGCGAUGAGGAGGAGGAUUACGACGAGGAACAGGACGAGGAAGAAGAUGAUGUGAUGGUUUCCUUCACGCCUGAACAGCUGGAAUCCCGCCUUCGUUCCCAGCAGGCUCAGUUUGACAGACUGAGGAGACUUCAAUUUGCCAAACAGCAACAACAACUUCAUCAACAAAGGCUCGCUUUGCAACAACAGCAGCAGUCCAUCAACAGUCUUGACAAUAUCAUUGACAUUAGUGAAAUUGAUGAAUUUGCUGCUUCGUUUGAAAAUUUAACUCUCCAACAAAAACAAGAAUUAAAUCAGCAACAAAAUUUCGACCCCUGCCAAUUAUUGCAAUUAAACCAAUUCGAUCAACAACUUUAUCAUCCUGAUUCCAUUAACGAAUUCCCUUAUUUCGUAGAUCCUACUAAUGAAACUGAACAGCAUCCCGGUGAUUUGGCUAACUUAAAAUUGAGUAAUCAAAGUACGAUUGUUUCAAACAAAAAUUAUCAGGAAGAGUUCGAAAACACUGAUGUAUUCAGCAAAGAAAAUCAUGUUUGUUGUUCCUCAGUCUCCGAAAAUGUAUUAGUGUCCAAGAGAGAUGAUCAGCACUUGCAAGUUACGAAAGGCAAUUACUUAACAGGAACACCGAAUUUUCACAAGUCUCUCCCAUGUUACCACCACCCUUUUAUCAACAUGAACCAGAGCCCGGACGAAACCUCGGUUCUCAGCCACCACCAGCAACUGCAAUUUCAGCAGCUUCAGAGUCAAUUCAAUAACGGCAUAAUUACUAAUGCUAACAUUAUGAAUAGGCCCGGAGGAACGUUUCACCCUUCUUUCACUCUUCCCCAACAUUUGCAUCAUUUCCAUCAUCAUUCUUUUACAAAUAUGGAAUCUGGGGGGCCACCUCAACUCGUGCAUCCUUACCUCUCAUUACCUAACUCGAACAAUGCUAAUCUAUCUUCUUUGAACAAUUUACUCAUGCUUCACCCACCAAUGAACGAAAUGAACCUCACUGGGUAUCCUCCAGUCAAUUUCAAGAACUUAGAAUACGCAAAUUUUUUGAAUGCAGCAGCAUUGGAUUUAAACUUGGAGAAGUUGGAUAUUGAUGCAGCUAAUAAAAAUAUCAAGAAAUUUAAAAAAACGUUGAUACCACCCCCAGGAAACAUGAUCCUUCCAAGCGUGAAUGAUGAUAAUUUGGAUGCUAAUAUUGCCACUGCACGAACUAUUCUUAACGAUAAUACAAUGGAUACAAAAAAUUCGCAAGAAAAACUGUUAGCUAUAAAACAGGAAACAAAUACAUUGCAAGAUGAUCAAUCUCUAGAUCUUUUGCCAUCCCAAUCUUCACAAUUGCAAAGUAUUUCUGAGAAUAAGAUCUGUACAUCAAUGGGGGGAAAUCCUUUAUCUAUGAUUAAAAAGUAUUAUCCUGCCAUAGAAGUUGAUGCACAGACUGACAGCAACCAUGAUACAGCACUUACCCUAGCAUGUGCUGGAGGCCCACCAGAAUUAGUAGAAUUACUUAUUAAAAGAGGCAGUUCUAUUGAACAUCGUGACAAAAAGGGUUUUACCCCUUUGAUUAUUUCUGCCACAAGCGGUCAAGCUAAUAUUGUCCAACUUCUUCUGAAUCAUGGAGUCAACAUUGAAGCUCAGUCUGAUCGAACAAAAGAUACAGCUCUUUCAUUAGCUUGUUCUAGUGGUAGAUUUGAGGUUGUUGAGGUAUUGCUAAACAAUGGAGCUUAUAUCGAACACAGAAACGUAUCAGAUUAUACACCUCUUAGCCUUGCAGCAUCUGGUGGACAUUGCAACAUUAUCAAGCUUCUUUUAAACCACGGUGCUGAAAUAAAUUCGAGAACUGGUAGCAAAUUGGGCAUAUCGCCUCUCAUGCUUGCCGCAAUGAAUGGCCAUUUAUCAGCAGUUAAACUAUUACUGGACAUGGGUUCGGAUAUUAAUGCACAAAUUGAGACCAACAAAAACACUGCACUAACACUUGCAUGCUUUCAGGGGAAGCAUGAAGUAGUCUCCCUUUUUUUGGAGUACAAAGCCAACAUAGAGCACAGGGCUAAGACUGGAUUAACCCCUCUCAUGGAAGCAGCGUCAGGUGGAUUCGUUGAAGUUGGGAGGGUAUUGAUCGAAAAGGGAGCAGACGUUAAUGCAGCACCGGUUCCAUCUUCCAGAGACACUGCACUAACCAUUGCAGCUGACAAGGGCCACAUCAAAUUUGUUGAGUUGCUUGUCCAAAAUGGAGCUCAAAUUGAAGUCAAAAACAAGAAAGGCAAUUCGCCCCUUUGGCUAGCUGCAAACGGUGGUCAUUUAGACGUGGUUCAAUAUCUCGUUCAAAAGGGGGCUGAUAUCGAUACCCACGACAACAGAAAAGUGACAUGCCUCAUGGCGGCCUUUAGAAAGGGACAUAUACGUGCCAUCAGGUGGCUCGUUAAACACGUCAAUCAAUAUCCUUCCGAUACUGAAUGCAUGAGAUUCAUCAGUACUCUCACCGAUAAGGAUGCCGUAAAACGUUGCCAGCAAUGUGUAGACAUAAUCGUAUCUGCGAAGGAUCGCCAAGCUGCAGAGGCUAAUAAAAACGCUUCCGACCUCUUGGAAGAACUUGACAAAGAAAAAACGCGUGAGGAAAACAAAAAGGCAGCAGCUGCUCGCAGGCGAGAAAAAAAGCGGAUGAAGAAGAAAGAAAAAUCGCAGAUAACCACCACCAGCCCUCCCUCCCUAUCUUGUCCCGAAAGUUCCUUUAUUCCCAACAACGAGUUGCAAAUCGAUGCUCUCAAGAUAGUUAUCCCAUAUGAAGCAACAGUUAUCACAACAGACAUUACCGAAAAGGAAGAUAUAGUGGCUGCUAUUCCACAAUCUACUUCAAAUUACGACGAUCAUAGUUAUGAUAUCGAAUGUCAAGACAAAAUUAUCUCUAGCAAUAUCUCUCACAUUCCUUCCACAAUACCCGAAAAGGUUUCGCGCAAUCACAAACAAUCAAUCUCUUCCAAAUACCUUGCAACAACCUCUCAAAAGCUUCCCAAAAGCUCUACGAAAAAGACUUUUGUCUCCAGAUCGACAGAUUUACCUUUCAACCCUCUCACCCUUACAACAAUUCAUCAAAGUCAGCCCGCAGCUGAACAGUUGCCUGAAGCUACUCAAAUUACGGAAUACGAUUUUAUGAACUAUUAUUAUGACGAAGGCCACCCCAUUAAAUCCGCUUCCGACAAUGAUGACGACGACGAAGAACAACAACAGUGGUCCAAAGCCACUUCAAGGGCCUCUAAAAAGACCCGUUCUGGCCAGCAUUUGCAGCAACAUUACAAAGACCCAACUGCCAUUUAUCUCCAAACACCUCCUUCCUCCUACUCCAGAACCAAGGGUGGUUCCCAUAAUAAAACACCGAUAACUAUAAGCACCUCUACUUCGGUUACUGCUUCCCUCAAGUCUAGCCACCGGUUGCAUCACGAUUACGCACAAAGCAGUAAAACACAUGGAAUUGGGCAUCGUUAUGAAGAUUAUUCACCAGUACGUAGCGGACAUCGCACCAGGGAUUAUGGCAACUACUCGACUUUUUCCUUGCUCAAAUGGGGAGGAGGUGAAUUCGUUGGAAAUCACAAACAACAACAGGUUUCUUCCUCGUCAUACCAUCAACACCCUACUAGAUAUUAUUCCAAGAAGGAUUAUGAGUCUGCUGUAGAUCAAGAUUACGAAGAUCUUUCUACAACUAAAAAUAACAAAGACAUUUCUUUUGCCAAGUCUUCUCUAUCCAUUGGCACCAAUAACGAAAACAAAGUGAGAAGGCUCCAUUUUGGCUCGGCAGCCAAUCAUGAAGACGACUCCUAUAUAAGUGAAGAAACCGGGAAAUUAUCUUUAUCUACCAAACACUCAUCCAACACGAUUGUGCCACUCAAUGGACCUUCUUAUAAGUAUAAACACAAACCGACCAACUACUAUUCUACUAUAUACUCCAGCGGUCAAGAUGAUUCUCGCGUUGAUUAUUCCACCUCUCACAAGGCCUCCAACUAUCAUUUUAUUAAAGGCACAUCUAGUACCUCUCACAUCAGGGGCGCUAAUUAUCAUCAUUACACUAGAUCACAACACCUCAGUGCUGACGACAGUAGUAUAGGCGUCAAUAAUUAUCACAAAUGGUCCUCAACUCAACAACCUAAAUCGAUUUUACAAGGGUUUAUGUCACCAUCUUUUUCCACAUCCAAUUCACAUAGUAGAAGGCCCAAUACUACUUUAUCAACUGCUUUUUCAUCCACGUAUCUAUCUACAUCAUCAUUUGGAUCUAGCUCCCCAGAUUACACUGAAGAAGAAUGGAAAGAAGUUGUCAGAAAGUGCAAAAGAGUUGUUGUGGCAUCAAACGUUGUGGCGAGAGUCAUUGGUAGAGGUGGACAAAAUAUUAAUGCAAUUCGGGAUAUGUCAGGUGCUCACAUCGAAAUAGAUAAACAAAAAGGGGCCGCUGAUAGAAACAUAACUAUUAAGGGUUCUUCAGAGGCAAUCAAAUUUGCUUAUCAGCUAAUAAUGGCUUUGGUAGAUGAGCCGGACAGAGAUGCCAUGGAAAUUAUACAAAGCUACGAAAGCCUUAAGCCUUCUUCAAAGUUGCCGGCUAUACUCCAAAAAUCUAAUCUACUCUCCUUCACCAAUCAAGUGAUGAUGAAAAGUUCGCGUUACGCCAACAACCCUAUCGCCUUCAGCAUCACCACGACCCAUUCAAACGUACCUUUAUAUUCUCUCACCACGAGUCGCAAAAAUUACCUGGCCACCACUUUGCCUUCCCAUAUUGUCACCGUCACUUCUAACAAUAUGAAUCAAUCUACUACUUUGAUAAACACAUCCAGCACUAAAAAUCCCGUUUCCAUCAUAUCGACAGUAGGAAUACCUAUGAGGAAUGAUGGUUUGAUGGGUAACAUUUACAAUAAAACAUCUUCCUCAAAUGGGUAUUCUGGAGCUUGGGGCUUUUUCUCACUUCCUUCCGAAUAUUCAAAUGAGGACAAGAAUAAUUACAGUUAUAUCAUUUCAUCGUCAGACCCGCAAUAUGUUACCUCUUUGUUUUCAGAUGUAGGGACUACAGAGUCCUAUAAAAUGACAUCAAACGAUACGGAUAACCAGAAUAGUUCUAACAUAAAAAGCAAUCAGGGUAAUAACAUGUAUGAGCCGAGUAAAAUAGUUUCGGAAGGCUUUUUAAAAUUUACUUCAGGUGACGAUUUACCAUUGAGCAAUGAAGGCUAUAAUAAAAAUAUCAUGGCGACCAUGGAAGAUAUAAUGUCCUUUAGCGGCGAUAAAAUGUCUUCACAAACACCAGCCGAAUAUUCACCUUUCAAUACCUUUGUUAACACAAUGUUUCCGUCUACAGUUUGGUGCAGAAAGGAUAACGCUGUUGAUUUGUUUAACAAAAAUAAUAAUAUUACUGAAAAUAAAAUGAAUACUGAGUCGGUCGGAAAAAUUGAUUCGAAUUCUUUUGCCUUUAAAGCCGCCGAUUUUGCCAGUGUAGUAGCUGCGCCGCAGAACAAUAACUUCUCAAACUUUAUACCUAUCAAUAAAUUGAAAGACCUGAAUGUUGACAUCAAUAACAGUCUCGCGGAGGUUGACCUGCGUAAGGCGCCAGGAUACAAGCGUAACUUGCUUGCUAAGUCGACAGCGUCACCCAAAAAUGUUGACGUUGAAUCGAGUGGUACAACAAACCCCACAAACGGUCGAGAAAUUAUUACUCAAUCAUCUUUGGCGAGCAAUGCAUUGAAAGAAGCUAAUGAGCAUGCUGGAUUAAUAGUGGAUAAAAUUAGUGAUGGGGGCCUGCCAAAAUUAGAUACUGCGAAUGACCCUUCAAACACGAAGAUGAUGCCGAUUGGUAAUGAACGGUUCCUGCAAAAGGAAACUCCGAUUAAUCCACUUUAUAACAAAUACACUCCUUGGUCCUUGGGGACAACUGAUGCCUAUUCUUUCAAUGAAUGGUAUGAUCAGUCCCUGCAAGCCUACAGCCAACCCUCUUCAUUUAUGGACCCCAAAUUGGCAAACGAAAUAUCGGACGAUAACUCCCGCAACUUAUUUUCCCAACCGUCUUCUUUCCCCGUGGACAAUCCUUCAUUUAAUAACGAUAAUAAGAGAAAGAAAGAUAUCUUAAAAUCCAAUUUCAACAAUUUUGCCACCACUUCUAUGGUGGUCAACACUAACCCAAAUAAUUUUGCGAAAAUGAACACAAAUCUUGCUGCCUUUGACCCUACCGACAACGGUUCUUCCCCCCGGAUCAUCUCUUCCAUUAACAGCAAUAUCCAGUUAAAUCAAAUGGCGACCUCCUGCAACUACCAGCAAUUUUUCAAUUCGGCACCUACUUAUCCACCACACCCCCCACCUAAUCAUCCCAACCCUUUCCUAACAAACACCCUGGCCAAUGGAUUUCCUCCACCUUUCCCUCCCCCCAUGCCAUUUUUCAAUGAUACUGCCAGGGACAGCAUAAAAUCUCUCCACCAACAACCCACCCCAUCUCAAAUCUUAGCCGCCACGGCUUAUUUUUAUAAUUCCGCCAAUAAUAAUGUCAAUCCAAACAAGUUAUUGCUCGAUCCCUCCAAUAACAACGUUUUUGCCAAUCUUCUGGACACAGGUGCAAACAAUUCACUUUUAUCUAAGAUAAAAAACAAGAAACAAUCCAGCACCAACCUGUUUUCCAUGCCUCCUUUACAGUUUUCGACACAACCAAAGGCUGGUCAGCUUAACUUCGAUCACCAUCUUAGUAACUUGACCUCUUUAUCAUCCUCAUUGCUUUCAUCCUAUAACGCGAAUCUCAUCAAUCCUAACAUGAUAACCUCACAAAUGAAUAACAAUUCCAUUUCUUCCUGUAAGAAAGAUAUCGAAAACACAGCCCUUUAUAAUAAUGCCAAUUUUCCUAUCGGUAAUGCUUUUCUUAAUGAAGGUUUUCGUUUCCCCAUCGUAUCCAUGAAUCUUGACAUGGUUGGAAACAAUCACAACGACGCCAAUUUGUUUAGUAAUCAAGGCGAUCUUUCAAAUAUAACCUAUCUAAACAAUCUGAAUGCCGCCUCCGAUCAAAACGUCAACCAUAACGAAGGGCGUUUCGAAGAAGAUAAUCAGGGAAAGAACUCGAAUAAUAAAGGUCAAUCCAGACAUCUCGACGAUUCGUUGAACAAUUUCAUUAAUAACCCACUCUUCUUGGGCGCCAACACUAAUAACUGUUUUAAUUUGUUGAACCAAUCCUUCCUCUCAUCCAAUAACCCAUUAUCAUCCCUCUCCAACGUAUCCAACAAUUUUCCUAACAUCGAUAUGAACAACAUUUUCAACGAUCAAUUCAAGAUGGCAGCCGCCGUCGCUGCGCUGGCCUCCAACAAUACCAAUAACAACGAUUACGGGUUACCUAACCUGGCACCUAUCCCUCCCGGACUUAUACCUCUCGGCAACUUUACUUCAAACGCCUCAAAUUUCGAUCCUAAAUUGAUCGGAUGGAAUGGGUGGAACAACAAUUUAUAAUCGCUUACAAAACCAAAACUGGUUGAAAUAUAUAUACCGCAUUUUUGAUAUUUUGAUCCUAAUUCAAUAAAGCUUCCUUUUUUUUAUUAUAAUAUUUUAUUUAACCCUUUCACCAGAUACCCCCUAUAUAAAAUUCAAAACUUUUUUUUAAAAUUUAUUUUACAUAAUCAUACACACAAUUGUUUAUUUUAUACAUAUUAUUAAACAAAACUUGGGUUUAUUCGUUUUGCAUUUUGCCACAAUAUUUUACAAGUUUGAUAUGAAAAUUCCAUUUUAUCAUCGUUUUUAUUAUAAUUCAAUACAUCAUAUAUUUUUAUUGUCAAUUUCAUGUCAUUUUUUUUGUCACAUAUAUCUUGACACAAAGAAUUUAUGUUAAUUUCAAGCUAAUAUAUAUUUUUCCCGCUUUA